UAAGACGCUUAGACAGCAUGGCUUAUUUGACAGCAAUUGGUGUAACUUCAUAGUAAGCUCCACCAAGAAGGUUUUGAAGGUCAUGGAUUUCGAGAUGUUUAAUCAACGCCGGCGCCGCCUUCUGAACAUCUUAGGUCUGCCUCAUGCUACUGGAACUCCUCCCGUGAUAAGGUACAGCAUUGCCUUCUGAAUAUCUUAGGUCUGCCUCAUGCUACUGGAACUCCUCCCGUGAUAAGGUACAGCAUUGCUUUCUGAAUAUCUUAGGUCUGCCUCAUGCUACUGGAACUCCUCCCGUGAUAAGGUACAGCAUUGCUUUCUGAAUAUCUUAGGUCUGCCUCAUGCUACUGGAACUCCUCCCGUGAUAAGGUGCCACAGCCAUGGAGCAGGAAGGGUCCCGUUAUGUGGUGGAUCGGCCCACCUAUAACAUUGCCGAUUUCGAUAGAGAUUUUGACAAAAAGGAUCGGCAGUUCCCAGUGGGAGAGAAAGUGAAGAAACUCUUCAGGUGCUCUGGGGCCCGGCUGAAGGCCCUGCUGUACAGACACCUGCCCGUGCUGAGCUGGCUGCCCCGCUACAAGGUCAAGGAGAACCUGCUCGUGGACGUCGUCAGUGGGGUCAGCGCUGGUACUAUACAAGUGCCCCAAGGCAUGGCAUUUGCUCUCCUGGCUAGCCUUCCUCCGGUAAAUGGCCUCUACUCCUCCUUCUUCCCCCUCAUCCCGUAUUUCUUCAUGGGCACGGUCCACCAGAUGGUCCCAGGUACCUUCGCUGUGCUCAGCAUCAUGGUGGGAAUGGUGUGUCUGCGGCUGGCCCCGGAGUCAGACUUCAGUCAUUUCAACGCCACACUCAACGCCAGCGUCGUGGACACGGCCAGGAUGAACGACGUCCGGCUGGGAAUAUCUGGAACACUCGCCUGCCUCACAGCUAUCAUACAGAUGGGCCUAGGCCUCAUGCAGUUUGGCUUCGUGGCCAUCUACCUCUCGGAGUCCUUCAUCAGAGGCUUCAUGACGGCUGCAGGACUACAGAUCCUCAUCUCAGUUCUCAAGUACAUCUUUGGGAUAAAGGUGCCGCCCUACAGCGGACCCCUGGCUGUAGUGUAUACUCUGAUAGACAUCUUGCGCGGCCUUCCCCACACCAACGUCGCCUCGCUGCUCUUCGCCCUGAUCAGCAGUGUGGUCCUCAUCGUGUCCAAGGAGCUGGGGGCACGCUACCGCCACAAGCUGCCGUUCCCCAUCCCCAUGGAGAUCCUCAUAGUGGUGGUGGCCACGGCCUUAUCCGGGCCUUUGGACCUGCCAGAGAAAUAUCACAUGGACAUAGUGGGGGAGAUUCCUCUGGGCUUUCCUGCACCCAUCCUGCCGGCAGUGUGUGAAUGGGAGGACAUGUUGAGCACUGCCUUCUCCCUGGCUAUAGUUGGAUAUGUUAUCAACCUGGCCAUGGGCAGGACCCUGGCCGCCAAGCACGGCUACGACGUGGACCCCAAUCAGGAAAUGUUGGCUCUAGGAUGCAGUAAUUUCUUCGGGUCGUUCUUCAAGAUCCACGUCAUCUGCUGUGCCCUCUCGGUGACCCUCGCCGUGGACAACGCCGGGGGGACCUCGCAGUUUGCCAGCCUGUGUGUGAUGCUGGUGGUGAUGAUCACCAUGCUAGCCCUGGGCGUGUACCUGAAACCCCUGCCUAAAUCGGUGCUCGGAGCGCUGAUUGCGGUCAACUUGAAGAAUACCCUGCUGCAGCUCUCUGACCCCUAUUACCUGUGGCAGAAGAGCAGAUUGGAUUGCUGUGUGUGGGUCGUGUCGUUCCUGGCUACGUUCUUCCUCAGCCUGCCGUAUGGGGUCGCCAUCGGAGUGGGCUUCUCCAUACUGGUGGUUAUAUUCAAAACACAGUUUCGAAAUGGUUCAGCAAUCGACCAAAUUAAGGAUACGGAUAUCUACAAAAAUCCUAAAGUGUACAGUAAGGUGGCUUCUGUGAAGGGUGUGAAAAUAGUAAACUACUGCUCUCCACUUUACUUUGCAAAUGCGGAAAUCUUUCGACAGAAGGUCAUCAAAAAGACCAAUCUGGACCCUGGCAAGGUUAUCCUGGCCAGGAGGAAGUUUGUGAAGAAACAGCAGAAGGAGAAGGAGAAGGAGGAUAAGAAGGACAAGGAGUCGCGACGCAGGAAGCCCAGUAGUCUGGUCACCAUGAAGACACAGACAAUCUCACAGCUUGAGCUGCAGAACGACUUCGACCCCAAAAGUGAUUCCCCCACCACCAGCUAUGUCAACUUCCACUUCAGUGACGGUGGGUUGGAGGACCAGAUGCCCGGCGGCGGGCCCCCCGACAGCCCCUCGGCCCUGGACUCCCAGCCCAUGCCCUUCCACACCCUGGUCCUGGACCUGGCCGGCGUCUGCUUUGUGGACCUCAACGGGGUGAAAGUGCUCACCAAGAUGAACUCCUGCUAUGAGAUGCUGGGGAUUAAACUGCUCCUGGCCAACGUUCAAGCCCAGGUGUACGAGGAGCUGAAGGUGGGCGGGGUGUUUGACGGCCAGGGGGGGAUACCUCGGACUCACCUCUUCCUCUCGGUCCACGACGCCGUGCUCCACGCUCAGCACACAUCCGCCGGAAACACCGCAGGACUAUCCAAGGAAGAGAGGGAGAGGCGAGAACUGGCCUUCAAUACGGACGAUCAGAAGGACCUGGAACAGGAAAUGUUUUGAGCAUGUGCCGCAUGAAGGAAUCUUCCGUUGUCUUGUAAUUGUAAUAAAAUGUCUUACAUAUGCUG